UAGGCUAAACAACAAGAAUAGAAAUUAAACAAAUAGGGUAAGUCAAUAGCAGAAAAACACGUUGACCACCGGAGUUCCCCUUUAAGCCAAAUUGGACCUGGUACCAGGGGUACUGAGUAGACAGAGAACCUUUCAGCUGGGGGCUCAGUCCGGGGUCGAGAGGGUCAUCCUUCGGACCGGAACCAACACACCAGUUCCAGGAAGGUGACACUGUCCUGGUUAAGACUCUGUCGAAAGGAAAGAAGCCCGGAGACUUCAACUUUGGACCCCCAACCACAGUUGUAGCCAUGACGAGGAUGGCGGUCCUCACGGAAGACAGCCCUUCUUGGAUCCACGCCUCUCGGAUCAAACUCAUCCAACAUCACCCAAAGGAGGUAAUAACGGGGGCAGACAGCCCUGACCUUGAAAGCCUAGCAAAAGAUGUACCCGCUGAUGCCCUGGCCUUGUUCUGGCAGAUGGCCGAAGAAACUAAUUCUCAUGAUGUUUGCAUUAAUGACUUUAUUGACUUUGAUUCACCCCAUGGUGACUCUGCAUAAUGAAUUAGAGAGACACCCAAACAAUAAGUUCCUGAAACACCAUGUAAUGUUAGCACAAAACCUCACUGCAAAGGAUUGUUGGAUAUGCACCCAUGCCCCUGUGUCUGCCCAAAGCAUGCCCUACUUUGCUAUCCCUGUGCCCUCAUAUGAAUUAUUUCAGGGAGACUGUUUUGACAUGCUUGCUGACAACGAGACACGAUAUUCAAAGAACUGGAACACCUCAGUGGGUAUUCCUAUAGUAGGAUGGGUGGGGCAGCCAUGGCGGCAGGGAAACUUAAGCAGCCCAGGCGUAGGACCACAACAAAUGUUGGCUUUCAAGGGAGGUUCCUGGGUAACUCGAGUAGUCACACACUAGACCUAGGAGCGAUCCCCACAGAAGGAAUAAAAGUUAGUUUUAACAGGACAUCCGCAAGUACUAAUCUUUUAAAACCCAACCAGAUAGAAAGGUACUUACAUGACCCAAUGUGGCCAAAUAACACCCUCUUUCCUCAGGCUACUCAAGACGAAGACUGCUAUAAUAUAACAGGACACCAACCAUGCAAUGACACGUUAGAAUACCAUCUUACUGAUUCAACAUGUAAUAACCCAGAUGUGGGCUACAGCGGUAGAUUAGGACAGAUACCUUCCUGGUGUUACUUAACAAAUGUCUCUAGACUCAUUAACAUAGUUAUUAAACUUAUCAAUCAACAUUCCUCUCUCUGGGAGCUCCCACGAGACAUCUAUUGGGUAUGUGGUAGACAAGCCUACAAGUGGUUGCCGGUAGGGGUCAAAGGCACAUGCACCCUAGCUAGACUUACCCCCUCGACCUUUGUCAUAUCCAACGACGACAUUGACAUGAGAGCAGCUCCUAAACACAUGUUAUACCGAAGAGCAGCAGAUAACAAAGAAAGGGAAAACGGUAGGCCACAUGUUGUACAAAUGAGAAUAACCAACAAGCUUUUUACCACCAUUUUUAUAUACCCAAUGGUGAUGCAAAUGUGGGAUAAGUUAGUCGAAGCCACUGACUACCUCGAUGACCAAAUAUAUGACAUUUUAGAAAUUACUAAUACCUCUGUGUCCGUGCAAAACCAACUGAUGAUAGUGACUAACCAACACACAAUAGUCCUGGACUAUCUCACAGCAGCCCAAGGAAGGAUGUGUCAAAUCAUAGGUCCUACUUGUUGCCAUUACAUAGACACUCCAGGAACAAUUCAGAUGCACCACCAGCUUGAGAACAUACAAAAACUGAGGGACAAAUAUGCCAAGGACAAUGAAAUCAACAAGGAUAAGUGGUGGGGGGAUACCUUUUCAAUAUUGAAAACUUUUUGACCAGAAUGAGCAAAGGUACAUUUGGAGAAGAAGGGGAACAGAAUUUAAUGAAAAAAACCUCUGUCCAACUGUUAAGCAUGGGGGUGGAUCAAUCAUGCUUUGGGGUUGUAAUGCAGCCAGUGGCACAGGGAGCAUCUUACGAGUAGAAGGAAAAACGGAUUCAAUAACAUUUCGCCAAAUUUUGGAUGUUAACUUGGCUUCUACAAAUGGAUAAUGAUCCUAAACACACCUCGAAAUCCACGGGGGAUUACAUCAAGAGGCGUAAACUGAAGGUUUUGCCAUGGCCUUCACAAUUUCCUGACCUCAACAUAAUUGAAAAUCUAUGGCUAGACCUUAAAAGAGCAGUGCGUGACAGACAGCCCAGAAAUCUGUGUUUUUGGAACACAGUGCUCUUUGCUGACAUCAUGACCACAGUGCUCUCUGCUGACAUCUCUGUCCAUUUUAGGAACUGUCCAGAGCAGCAUAUGUUUUCUAUGGGGAUUUUCUCCUACUCUGGACAGUUCUUAAAAUCAAACUAUUUUAACAAAAUUUGUAUUUUUGAAAGUGCCCUAUUUUGACCACCUAUAACUUUCUCCUUUUUCCUUAUACGGGGCGGUAUGAGGGCUAAUUUUUGCACUUUGAUCUUUAGAUUUUAUCGGUACCACUUUUUCUUAGGUUUUACUUUUUAUAAAUUUUUUUAUACUUUAUAUUUUUUUACAUUUACACCGUUCACCAUACAGGAUAAUUAACAAUAUAUUUUGAUUAUUCAGACUUUUACACACGCGGCGGUACAAAUAUGUUUAUUAAUAAUUUUUCAAUUUUUUUUACUUUUUAUUUUUUACAUUUUUUUACACUU